UCCUAUUGCAAUUAAGGAUAACUUUAGUACUCAAGGCAUUGAAACAACAUGUGCAUCAAGAAUGUUAAAAGAUCUGGGAGCACUGAUAGUAUAUUUGGGCCUGUGAAAAACCCAUGGAGCUAUGCAAAGCAUUACAGGGAAAAAAGAAGAUCAAGUCAUUGUGUUAUAAAUGAGGAUUCUGAUUGGGUAAUAACAGGCGGAAGUUCUGGGGGCAGUGCUGCUGCAGUAUCGUCAGGAACCUGCUAUGUGGCAAUAGGAUCUGAUACAGGAGGUUCUACUCGAAACCCAGCUUCUCACUGUGGAAUUGUGGGCUUGAAGCCUACUUAUGGUCUAGUUUCUCGCCAUGGCUUGAUACCGCUGGUGAACUCUAUGGAUGUGCCAGGUAUCCUAACCAGAUGUGUGGAUGAUGCUGCAACUGUAUUAGGUGUUCUUGGUGGUCAUGAUCCAGAUGAUUCCACUACAGUCCAGGAUCCUUUUGCGCCAUUCCAGCUACCUGAUAUUACAGACAUGAGCAAGCUGUGUAUAGGGAUACCAAAGGAAUACCAUGCCUCCUGGACUAUCUACAGAAACUCUGUUACUUUGGUCAAAGACAGCAGACUUGUUUGAAAAUGCUGGAGCGAAGGUUGUUGAGGUUUCACUGCCACAUACACCCUACUCUAUUGUGUGCUAUCAUGUUCUGUGCACAGCAGAAGUAGCA